AAUCUAACAUCGUCUCCUCCAUUUCUCUCCGCUUCCCGAAUCAUCGACGAAGAUGAAGAUCACGCAAAUCUUACUAUCUCUGCUAAUAAUCUCACUCUCUUUAAUCUCCAAUGUCUCGUCCGAUCAGAUCUUCCCAGCUCAUCUAGUAGGAACAUUCAGCCGAAACAAUCGUGAACCAAAGUACACGAUUGAGUUUCUCCCUGAAGACGCACCUUUUCACCCGGGUGAUAAUUUGGAAUCUAUGGUGAUGCUUGAUAAGCAAGGACGUAGAUUCUUAUGUUACUUACCAAAGGAGGAGGAAGCUACGAGUGGAUGGACAUCUACUCAACAAAACAUCAGCACUGUGUUGAUGGAAACAGAUAAACAGAUCAAGCUCAAGACUCCUGAUGAGCUUCUUCAACCACUCAACGAACAAUGUCUUAUCAGGCAAGAAGGUUGGUGGUCGUAUGAGUUUUGUCAUUUACGGUCGGUAAGGCAGUUACAUGUUGAGGAUGGCACCAAGAUUGUGCAAGAGUUUUCCUUGGGUAAGUAUGACCCAGAGGCAACUGCUGCUUUUAAUCAAAAUGUAUCUCAUGCUUCUACUAUGAAAGAGAGGUAUCAUUCUCAUAUAUUCACCAAUGGGACUACUUGUGAUCUUACAGGAACUCCUCGAGAAGUCGAGGUAUAUAACCUAGUGUCUGCUGAUUUUUUUUUUUGCGUUUGGUUGAUGGAAUUACGGAUUCAUUUAUUCAUGAAAUUUUUCUCGAUGCAGGUGAGGUUUGUAUGCGCAGAAACUAGGGCAAUGGUCACUUCUAUCACUGAGCUAUCUACUUGCAAGUACGCAUUAACUGUUCAAUGCCCGACCUUGUGCAAGCAUCCGCUGUUUCAGCUAGAGAAACCAGUGUCACACACGAUCCACUGCAAUUUGAUCCCACAGGAAGAAGAGACAACAAGAAACGAGGAAGAACGAGUAGUAAGCGAAUCACCUAUGGAUGCUGAUUCUUGAAAACAGUGUAUCAGAGGAGUAAAACAGUUAAAAACUUAAAACAGUGAUUAUAUAAAAGAGCUAGUGUAUAUCCAGUGUCGAUGUUACUCGUUGAAAUGUUCAUGGUUAAAAAGCUGUUUUGAUGAAGAAUGAAUGGGAUUAAUCUAUUCCAAG